CCCAAUGCACGCGUGUUUACGCGGCAAAAAUUCAGCACUACUCACCUAGCCUUUUAUUAAGCCCCCGGCAUCGCGGCUUUCCGACCGAUGGAAGCGACAUCGUGAAACUAUUUUACACUUUUUCCUUUCUAACUGAUCUGAAGUUGCUGGGAACCGGUAAUUCUCGCCGGAAGCGAUGAGGUCUCUCGGGAGGCCCAUCAAUAUCAAUGCUAUGACUCGGAAGGUUGACGUCGAUCAACGGCUUUCCCUUGCUUAUUACUAUCGGAUCGCAGAUAAUCUUCUCAAGCAGGCCAGUAUCUAUCGGGAGGAAAAGAAUAUAAUAGAUUUGUACAUUAUACUUGUCAGAUUUUCAAGCUUGGUAUCUGAAACUAUACCAUUCCAUCAAGAUUACCAGCUCUUGCUUCCAAAAGAAAGAAACAUUUACAGGAAGAAACUCCUGGGUAUUUUGGAGGAGUUGGAAUCUCUGAAACCUGAGGUCAAGCGCCAACUGGAUGAAUUGAAUAAAGUUCAUACUGUAGCUCAACUUGAUGACUCAGAAUGUAACUCAUGUAGCUUAACUGCUUCUGCAGAAUGGUCCUCCACUAAGAAGCCAGUACCCUUGAAUUUUAAUACUAAACAGCUGCAAACAACUAGCAGAAAUUCACCUCAGUCUUCACAGAAGCAUAACAGUGAGCUCACUCAAAUUGCACCAUUGAAACCCUUGCAAAUUGACAAGCAGUUUCAGAAGCUAUCUCUGAGCCUGCCUCUUCCAAAGGAGGAAACAUUGUCCAGACAUUCAAUUUUAGGUCCAAAUGGUCUCAGGGGUCAGUGGCUUGGACCUAGCAAAGGGAUAAAGGUUCAAUAUCCAAGCAAUGCUGACUUGACUCCAGCUGAAAAUUCAGGCCUGAAUCAGUCAGGACAAUAUGAUAUUGUGGUAGCAACAGAUAGUGAUUCAGGAGGCCCUAGAUCUACAAUGGAAGAAGUACUCUCUUUGGAUGAUGGUAGAUGGUCACAGCUCCCUGAGGAGCCUUGUUCUUCAUUGAAUGAUGACAUGAUGGAAGAUCAUUACCAGUUAAAUAAUAUCAGGCAGCAACCCUCUCCUCCUCCUGUUCUUGCUCAUGUGCAGCAGGAUUUUCUUCCAAUCCCUCCUUCAAAGGUUGCUGAUCCAAGACCUGGGCCAGCAAAACCUUUACAGGAUGAGAUGUCCAACUCUAAUUCUUACCAGCAUUUACAUAUUCCAGUAAAAAUGAUGGAGGACUUCUUGAGAUUGGCACAGACAAAUACAACAAAAAAUCUAGAGACAUGUGGAAUUCUUGCGGGUUCUCUAAAAAACAGGGUUUUCCACAUUACAACACUAAUAAUUCCAAAGCAAGAGUCAACUUCAGAUUCGUGCCAGACAAUGAAUGAAGAAGAAAUUUUUGAUGUUCAAGACAAACUCUCCCUUUUCCCUCUUGGGUGGAUUCAUACACAUCCAUCACAAACUUGCUUCAUGUCAUCAAUUGAUCUUCACACACAUUACUCAUAUCAGAUAAUGCUACCGGAAGCAAUUGCAAUUGUUAUGGCCCCAACAGAUACAUCCAGGCAAUAUGGCAUAUUUCAUCUAUCUGACCCAAGUGGUGUAUCCGUGAUCCGUAAUUGUCAACAGCGAGGGUUUCAUCCUCAUGAAGAACCUGAGGAUGGCAGCCCAAUCUAUGAACACUGUUCCCAUGUCUAUAUGAACCCCAAUUUGAAGUUUGAUGUUGUUGAUCUUCGGUGAGCUACUAUUCAUUCAGUUUGUGCUGGGUUUGUGUGUAUAUACAAUUAUACAUAUUGUAAAGAAGGAAUAGUAAAUAUCUAUGGUGGAUACCUGUUGAGCUCCUCACGGAUGUGAAAUUCAACUGGAUUCCCAAAGUUGGAACCUGAUUGAAAAGAAUGACAGUUUCCAAGUCCUGGAAUCAUCUAUUUUAGAAGAGCCGAAGGUUUUCUAUAUUGUGCUUUUGCGAAAAUUUUAUGGUCUUGUGAUUCCCUCCCCGUUUGUAGACUGUAGAAAUGUAUACCAGCAACCUUUUUUUAAUGUCACAUAUGUAUUUACUUUGGUAAAUAUAAAUAUCAUAUAUGUAUUGAUGUGUUCUAACUGUUCAAUUA